GGUAACCGCGCGCGACCGCGUCAACUCGUGCGCAACACAGUGCCAUGUGAGUGAUGACCACUGAUUGGACCAUUAACAUUCAUUGAGGAGGUCUCGACCUCGUAUCCUGCGGUACUUGCGUGUACGCGUGUGAAAUGUCGCUGAAAACGAUCAUCAGUUUGGUCCUGGCGCUGCUUAGCAGGCACACGGAGUCGUCCCCGUACUUAACUGGUGGAUUGAGGACCUUUUCCCUUGAGGAGGUGGUACCAUUGACCAUCGGGCUCUUCCCUGAACAACUGUCCAUACAAUGGAUCUCAGAUACAGAAUACAUUUACAAGGAGCCAGGCCUUGGAGUUUGGAAAUUCGAUGUGACAAAAGAGAUCUACACUCCGAUACUAGAUGAUAAUGACUUGACAAGAAUUCGCAACUUCACGAUGGGAAUGUUUUCCCAAGAUCUGCAUUAUUUGCUGCUUACGACAAACAAACAGAAAAAAUACAGGCACUCGAGCACCGCCGAGUACUGGGUGUAUGACCUUGAGACCAAGUCAAUCAUAAGACUUGGCAAGAACGCCCUGGAUGUAGUCAUCUGGGGUACCGGACGUUCCCUAGCGUACGUGAGGGAGAACAAUGUAUACUACGUCCGUGACGUGGACUCUGACACGGCAGUGGCUCUCACCAGGGACGGGAUACCUGGAGAGAUAUACAAUGGUGUCACUGACUGGCUUUAUGAAGAGGAGAUGUUCAAUGCAGCAGAAGCCAUGUGGUUCUCUCCUAAAGGCAGCUACUUGGCCGUAGCGUCCUUUAACGACAGUGAGGUGGAGACGGCGACGUAUCCUUACUAUGGAGAACCUUUCGCAAUCAGCAAUCAGUACCCUGAAAUAAUACACUUCAAGUAUCCAAAGGCAGGUCGAAAAAAUCCUUUAGUAUCAUUACGAGUCUUCAAAUUGGACGAUCCUCGAGGAGAACCAUGGAACAUUCCAGCACCGGUCGACAUUGUUGGCUUAGACCACUACCUGGGCAGAGUUAGCUGGGCCUCCGAACAAAAUCUCGUAGUCUUAUGGCUUAACAGACGACAAAACGUCAGCGUACUAGUCAACUGUGAUUUAGAAAAAGACAAAUGCAGUAUCGUGAAAGAGCACUCGGAACCAAAUGGCUGGAUCGAUGUUAGAACUCCAUUCUUCGAUAGCACAGGAAACAAGAUGUUGGAGAUACAAAACUUGUACAAUGGUGACCAGAGGUUCCCACACGCUGGUCGGUUUAACUUCCUAUCUCUGACUACUGAGGACUUGAGCCCUGGGAACGCUACGGUGACGGAGAUCUUGGGAUGGAAGCAGGAUACGGAUACGGUGUACUAUGUUGUGUCUCCGGGCAACUCGCCGUGGUUGAGACAGAUGUGGGCGACGUCGGGGGGUGUCGUACGGUGUGUGUCAUGCCGGGAGCCGUCGUGUCACCACGUGUCCGCAUCCUUCUCGCCGGGAGCCGGCUAUGCUAUCGUUACCUGCAGCUCUUCUUACAACCCACCGAAGAUUUUCUUGUAUAAUAGUGCGGCAGACAGCUUCAAACUGAUCAAAGACAAUUUAAGACUGAAAGAAAAACUUAGGCAAUAUAAGUUGCCGAUGAUACUGUUUAACGUAGUGUACGCAGGCGAGAAUCCUCUGGGACACGUGAAACUUCUGUUGCCGCCUAACAUGAAGACUGGGGAGAAAUACCCCAUGAUCGUCAGGGUGUAUGCAGGCCCUGGGACCAGCAGAGUUAAGGACAGUUUCGAUUUGGAAUACUACAAUACGUACUUAUCGACGAACAGAAGCUGCAUCGUGGCGUCCAUCGACGUGCGAGGGUCAGGAGUGCUGGGGGUCGAAGCCAUGCACGCCAUCAACAACGCCUUUGGAACUGUCGAGGUUACUGACACCUUGGCUACGAUCAGGAGUCUUCUCAACGUGUACUCGUUCAUCGACCCCGAGCGGGUGGGCGUGUGGGGCUGGAGCUACGGCGGCUUCGUGUCCACCAUGAUGCUCAUACAGGACGACAUGAACACCCUCAGCUGUGCCGCUGCUGUCGCGCCUGUCACCUCUUGGUUGUAUUAUGACACAAUGUACACAGAGCGCUACAUGGACACGCCACAGGCCAACCCGGAGGGGUACGAUCGCGCUGACGUCAUCCGCCACGCCGAGCGCCUGCGCGGGAGACGAUACCUCCUCGUGCACGGCACUGAUGACGACAAUGUGCAUUAUCAGCACAGCAUGCUGCUUGCUAAACAGCUGCAGCAUAAUGAUAUCGAGUUUGAGCAGAUGAGCUACGCGGACGAAAAGCACUCACUACUGGGCGUUAGUCGACAUUUCUAUCACAUGCUGGAUCAUUUCUGGACUAAAUGUUUUAAGUGCGAGUGAAUGUGUCCCAACGUCACUCAGUGCUGUGCUCGUCCUACUGUGAUCUCGACUCACGAAGAAAAUUCUGUCUAACUUGUAUAUAGUCACGACCUAUUUCGAUUUAAGCAUAAUUUUAAUUGUAAUUUAUAAAGAUACGCUUAAAACAA